AUGAAACUGAAUGAGAAGGUCUUGGCUGCUGAGAAGGCUACCUACCAGCCACCACCGAAGGAAGGAGUGAUGGCAAGGGAGGAGUUGAAGGCGAAGCUGAAAGGAGUGCCCGUCGAGGAGCUGCAGGUGGAAGCUGUUGCAAUGGUGGCAGCAGCUGCAAAAGUGGAUCUAGAGACCCUGCAUAGGCGUUUAGGGCAUGCGGGGAUGGAGCGGAUUAAGGAGCUUGUGAAGAAGGGCAUGGCAGCCGGUGUGGAGCUGAAAGAAGGAGAUGGGAGCUGGGUGAUUAAAGACGUGGAGAAGGGGAAGACAGCAGUGACCAGGGAUGCCAUCUUCUAUGAAGAUGUCAAUUAUCUCCAGUGGAAGGGGGUAAACCAGGAGAUAGCAACGGGAGCAGCAGCUGCGCUUGAUAAGGUGGAGAAGCUGCUUGUGGAGAAGGAGAACGAGGGGAUAGGGUGUGAUGAGGAGGAGACAGGAGGUGGUGCGGAUAAACCUUCCAAGGAACCUAUAUUUUCGGAGCCAGCGAAGAAAACGGUUGUAGAGGCGGUAGCAGAUGUGGAGGAAGAAGGGCGCCAUGAAAGAGAGCUUGGAGAGACGUGUGCCGAGGAGGAGACUCAGAGUGUGGAGGAUGUGGAGAACAGUGAUGGGUCAGCAAAGGAGGAUGGGAGUAGCCCAUGGAAGCUGAUUGAUAGUGACGCUACUUGUGAAGCUGCUAAGGAGAUGAAUGAGCUGCUGGAGGAUGGAGCCAUAGUGAUAGGAAAGGAACGAGGGCUUGACGAGAUAUACGCAGCGACAAACGAAGUGAGUAAGGACGUGACACCGGCUGAGGAGUUGGGGCGCGGUCUGAGGGUCAAGAAGAAACCAGCUAAGUUUGCUUCACUGGUUAUGACACCUUGGAAGGAUGUGAAGCAGAUUCCUAGGGCAGCGCUGUUUUUGGGGAUGAACCUGGAGCGGAAUGUGGAAGAGAAGAAGCUCUUCUUGUACCAGAAGAAGUAUUGCAACAGGGUGCAGCAGAGGUUUGGCCAGGGUUUCAUCAAGGAGAUCACGACACCACUCAGCGGCAUGGCAGCAAAUGAUACCGAGCAGGAAGAGGAUGUGAAGCAGGGAGGAGGAGAAAAGAAGGCACUGCAGAUGUACCAGUCGAUGGUGGGAUCGGUUAUGUAUCCGGUUGCAUGCACAAAGGUCGACAUGGCGUAUGCGGCGAGUUAUUUGGGGCAGCACGUGCAGCAGGGAAGGAAAUGGCGAGAGAUGAAGCGAGCACUUAGUUAUUUGGUGCAGCAUGAGGAUGAGGGACUUCUCUUUGAGGGAGGAGAGGAGACUUUGCAGCUGGUGGGGUAUGCGGAUGCCUCACAUGCAUCGGACAAGAAAACAGGGAAAGGUGCCUAUGGUUGGGCUGCCUCGCUAGUGGGGGAUGUGGCGCACGUAUGGCAUGUGGGGCAUGUGCGGCAUCAUGGGUGGCAGGUGGGGUAUAUGGGGCAUGUGGGGCAUGCGCACCUUCCCUUCGAUAAUCACCCCUCCAUCUCCCCGUUGCCUCUCCCAAUCAUUGCCUCUCCUCUUACUCACCACGACCCACCUCCUUGCCAUUACCAACUCUACACGAGUUGA